UCGAAAGAGCCCAUAGUCACGACGGUUCUGCCGAGUAUCAUUUGUCAUCACUUGGUUUCACCCGUAUUACUGAUUAUACGGAAUAGGCCAUCAGAGACACUUGUGUGAUCAUGUGGAAGAAUCUUGCCAACCUCAGUCAUGCUCUCGAGACACACAAGCAUAGUCAUACCGCUUCAGCCUUUAUGGAACAACCCUAACUCUGCGAGCCUCAUUUUUAAAGUGAACGGGAGCGAUUGGUCGAUGAUCGAGAACACACUUGUCGAUGAGAAGCGUGAUACAGGGUACGAUGUGCCAGUGUUAAGCUUGACGCCAAGUCUUAAUGUCUUGGACGAUGGGCGUGAUGGCAGACCGCCCGGUCUCGGUAGAUACUUGCUUCGAGCGGUACUUGGAGAUGCGAUUGAAGGAAGUCGACAGAGCUGGGACCUAGAAACUCUUGCUGAUGCUUUCCUAUGGUACGAAAUGGAGUCCCGCCAAGUACUCCUUGACAAUGACCAAGCCGUAAGGGCUGAGAGAUAUCAAGUCCAGUCCAACACCGAUGAAUACACAAUGACAUUUGUUCCAUGGAUUCUCCUGUCUGGACUUGGGAUGUUGGGAGUAGCAUGCGCGUUGACGAUUGGGCUUACGCUCGAUUCUUGGAAGGUAAACUCGCUAAGAAGUGGGAGAAUGUUGGAUUCAAUCCGAUUGACAGCUGAUGUUGGAGUGGCUUUGGAUAAGCAGGUGUUUGAAGAGUGCCCAACCUGGGACGCCACCAGGCUGAACAAGUGUGCCGAUGAGGCUCGGUUCCAGUACGAGCUUGACGCCCAGUUGGAUAGUGCAACUGGUCUUUAUACUCUAGGAACCCGCCUUCGACAAAUCUCACGACCACAUGACUGA